AUAUAAAUGCCAAAAUUUGCACCGAUAGCAUCAUUGUAACGACUUGACUCGUGCAGUACACAUCCACUUAGAAUAUUCAAAAUGAAGGUGCUGAUUCUCCUCUCCGCCCUAAUGGCACUGAGCUGCGCUCACGAAAUUUCGAUCCCCAUCCCGGUGCCACACAUCAAGAAGGUUCCGGUGCCAAUCGUGAAGCUAGAUUUUAAGAAGGGCGAAGAAGUGGUUAAUCAUGUGACGGAAACGAUAAUCCAAGCGGUUCCGGUGGACAAACACGUCGUCGUCGAGAAACCCGUUGAGGUAAUCAAGCACGUUCCCGUUACAAAGGAAAUCAUCGUGGAGCGACCGGUCGAGGUGAUCAAGGAGAUUCCCAUCGAGAAGGUCAUCAUCGAUAAGGUCGAGGUUCCGUAUGAGGUGAUCAAGCACGUGGAAAAGAUCAAACACGUGCCGGUUGAAAAGCACGUGGAAGUUAUCAAGCAGGUCGAGGUAAUUAAGGAGGUGCCCUACAAGAAGUAUGUUUUCAAGAAAGUACCCAUGAAGAUUAGCUAUCAGGUGCCGGAUUACGUGAAGGUUCCCUAUCAAAUUACGGUGCAACCGGAAGUGCCGAAAAAGAAGCCUAGUUUUUUGCCCGAUCCGAUUGGGAUGGUGAAGAAGUUGCUGCAUCAUGAGGUUUAAGGAUUGUUGGUUUUAUUCAAUUGAGAUUAAAAAUAUUUAUUAUAGA